CACACACACACCGUACGCCUCGCGUUGUGUUGACUGUUGUGUUGAGUCCUCAAAACAUUUUCAUUCUCAUUUUUUCAUUUUCAUUUUUCAGUUCUUCACCUCCUCUCCUCUUCCUCUUCGCCGGCGGCUCAAAUCAAAGUCUUCCGUGCCCGAAGCCGACCACCGCCCAUCCGUUGCUUCCACACAAAACCUCACCCAGGCUCCCCCCCUCCAAUCGCUCUCUGAUUCUGAUUGGCCUCCGCAAACGCCCGCCCUGCCUGCUGCUGAUGCGGUGCGAGCGGGAAAGAGUGGAUUGUUUCCUGGACAAGAGCAAGCGGGAAAGUUCGUUCUUGAUUUCUCCGAGUUCAACGACCACUUCCAUGUUUCCAACCUGAACCACAAGCUGCAGUUAAAAAAGAUAGGAUAGGAGGAGCAAUCUCCGGUUUCUUGAUUUUUUUUUUUUUUGAACCGCGCCCAAAUCGUGAUUCUUGGAAGAAGAGGGGAAGGAGGGAAAUGAGGCUGCUGGUGCAGGUGAGCGAGGCACGCAACCUGCCGGCGAUCGACGGUGGCGGCGGGCUGAGCGACCCGUACGCGAAGCUGCAGCUGGGGAGGCAGCGUGGCAAGACCAGGGUGGCCAAGAGGACGCUGAGCCCGACCUGGGACGAGGAGUUCGCGUUCCGGGUGGUGGACCUCAAGGACGAGCUCGUGGUGGUGGUCGUCGACGAGGACAGGUACUUCUCCGACGACUUCCUCGGCCAGGUCAGGGUGCCCCUCUCCGCCGUGCUCGACGCCGACAACCGCUCGCUCGGGACGCAGUGGUACCAGCUGCUGCCCAAGAGCAAGAAGUCCAAGAUCAAGGAUUACGGAGAAAUUCGUCUUACAAUAUCUCUCUCUCUAAAUUACCCUGAAGAGACAACGACACUUGCACAUUGCGUUUCAGAUGACCUCGCGUCAUAUUCUGACAAAUCAACUGAAUUACAGAAAGGAUCUUCUUUGCCAAAUAUUCCUAUAGAAAUACCCACGUCAGUAUCAGGGGGUGAUGAAACAGAAAUCAUCAAGGAGGAUAGAUCAAAUGGUGUCCCAUCAUUUGUCAAUCGUCUGUAUCAAUUUUUCUCAGCGAAACCAAAAGAUGCAGAAGCUUCAGCUUCAGCUCCACCUCUCACUACGGGCGAUGGUAAUUCAGAUAUUCUUGAAGAAACACCAUCAACUAGUUCAGAACUUCCUGAUAACCAGGAUUAUGAAACUGGUGUAACUAUGUCCUUUGAUGAACAACUAAAAGCCUUUGGAUCUUGCCAUGAAGGGAAUGAAAUACCUGAAAACUUGUCAGGUGGAGUUCUUAUUGAUCAAGUUUAUGCUGUUGCACCCAGUGACUUGAAUGGACUUCUUUUCUCACCAAGUUCAGAUUUCUUGCAAUCACUAGCGGAGAUGCAAGGAACUACUGGUCUUGAAAUCCAACAAUGGAGACUUGAAAAUGAUGGUGAGGUCUUGAAGAGGGUAGUAAGCUACACAAAAGCUCCUACUGCACUAGUCAAGGCUGUGAAAGCAACAGAGGAUGUGUCAUAUCUGAAGGCAGAUGGAGAUAUAUAUGCAACUUUAGCUGAUGUUAGUACUCCAGAUGUUCCAUUUGGGAAUUCUUUUAGGGUGGAGGUUUUAACAUGCAUAAUGCCAGGGCCUGAACUACCUGAUAAUGAAAAAUCCUCACGUCUUGUAGUCUCCUGGCGCUUGAAUUUUAUCCAGAGUACAAUGAUGAAGGGCAUGAUAGAAAAUGGGGCUAAACAAGGGUUGAAGGAUAACUACAUUCAGUUCUCUGAACUCCUGGCUCGAAAUAUCAGGCCAGUUGAUUCAAAAGAUGCAGCAGCUACUGAUAAAGUUUUGUCUUCAGUACAACCAGAGCAAGAAUCUGAUUGGAAACUAGCAUUCCGUAUAUUUGGAAAUUUUACUGUUGUAUCCUCACUGGUUGCAUUCAUUUAUGUUUUUUCACACAUCAUCCUUGCAAGCCCCAGUAUAAUUCAAGGUCUUGAGUUUCCUGGCCUGGACCUACCAGAUUCUGUUGGUGAAGUCGUGGUUUGUGGAGUUCUUGUUCUGCAAGGACAGCGUGUCCUAAAUAUGAUUGCACGAUUCAUCCAGGCUAAGAGGCAGAGAGGAAGUGAUCAUGGAGUCAAAGCACAAGGGAAUGGUUGGUUGCUGACUGUCGCUCUGAUUGAUGGUACCAAUUUAGCAGCAACCAAAUCAUCUGGUUACUCUGAUCCAUAUGUUGUAUUUACCUGCAAUGGAAAGACGAAGACUAGUUCAAUUAAAUUUCACACUCUGGAACCUCGGUGGAAUGAAAUUUUUGAAUUUGAUGCCAUGGAAGAUCCUCCAUCCGUUAUGAAAAUAAAUGUCUACGAUUUUGAUGGACCAUUUGAUGAAGUUGAGUCUCUUGGUCAUGCUGAAGUAAAUUUCUUGAAAUCUAAUCUAUCCGAGCUUUCCGACAUUUGGAUUCCUCUCAAGGGUAAGCUGGCUCAAGCAUGUCAGUCAAAAUUGCAUUUGAGAAUUAUCUUGAAUAAUUCAAGGGGUACUGAAGUCAUGAAGGACUACCUAGACAAAAUGGAGAAAGAGGUUGGCAAAAAGAUUGCUGUAAGGUCUCCACACACAAACUCAGCAUUCCAGAAGAUCUUUUCUUUGCCACCAGAAGAAUUUCUAAUCAAUGAUUUUACCUGUCAUCUAAAGCGCAAAAUGCUCACACAGGGCCGCCUGUUUUUAUCUCCAAGAAUUAUUGGGUUCUACACUAAUCUUUUUGGCCACAAAACAAAAUUCUUCUUUCUUUGGGAAGAUAUCGAGGACAUCCAAGUGAUGCCUGCAACACUAUAUUCAAUGGGAAGUCCAUCUCUGCUUAUUAUUCUUCACAAGGGCAGAGGAAUGGAUGCAAGGCAUGGAGCAAAGCAACUUGAUAAUGAAGGCCGACUCAAGUUUCAUUUCCAGUCUUUUGUAUCGUUCAAUGUGGCACAUAAAACAAUAAUGGCGCUCUGGAAGGCAAGGUCCUUGACCCCUGAACAAAAAGUACAGCUGGUAGAAGAAGAAUCAGAAAUGAAAGACCUCCAGAAUAAUGAAAGUGAUUCUUUCUUAGGAAUAGAGGAUGCAAAAAUGUCAGAAGUAUUUUCAUCUACAAAACCUUUUGAUGUAUCAACACUCAUGAGCAUAUUUGAGGGUGGUCCUUUGGAGCAUCAAGUGAUGGAGAAAAUUGGCUGUAUGGAGUACUCAGUUUCACCAUGGGAGUCCGUCAGAGCUGAUGCUUACCAGAGGCAAAUUCAUUACAAGUUCGACAAGAGAUUGGCACGCCAUGAAGGGGAAGUAAUGAGCACCCAACAGAAAUCCCCUUUGCCUGAUAAAAAUGGAUGGCUUGUUGAAGAAGUGAUGACGCUUGAAGGUAUUCCAGUUGGUGAAUACUUCAACCUGCAUAUGCGAUACCAAUUGGAGCAGAUCUCAUCCAAGCCCAAGGCAUGCAAUGUCCAAGUGUCUAUUGGGAUCGCAUGGUUAAAGAGCUGCAAGAACAGAAAGAAGAUUGCUCAAGAGGUACUAUCCAGUGCAUCUUCUCGCCUCAAGAAGAUGUUUGGCCUACUCGAGAAGGAAUUGUUACCAGCCAAGUAGGGGCCCUUUUUCAUACCCUGCGUUUUCUGGUGCACCCAUGUAUAGCCCGAAAUCGUCGUCUGGUGUCUCUUGGUUUUGACAACAUCUUGUUCCUGAUGCUGAGCAAGAAUCAGUACAUAAUGCGAAAGGUUCUAACUUCGCAGGCAAGGCAGUGUACCAUACCCUGAUGAACAUCUCCCCAUGCAAGAUUCAGACUGGAGAACUGACAGCAGAGCUAGGAAGUUGUUCUAGUCAUGAAAACGUUACUGUUCAAAUGCAGUUCUUGAACAAGAGGUUUGGUAUCUUGCCUAUACUCUUCAAGAUAGAUCAUUCGAAACUUUGGUCUGUCAUUGUAGUUAUCAGUUGUCAGUCCCUUUAGCAACAGAAAACAAUGCAGCUUCCGUAGCCAUUCUUUUUUUAGAUUUUUACUCCAGCAAAGAUUACAUGAUCUGUUGUUACGGACAAAAGAAAUGGGAAAAUUUACCAGAAAAACUGAGCCACUGUUUAACCAA